AUGAAAUAAAUUGACAAAUACCAAUAUAAUCCAAAAGACUUGCUUGGGAUGGGUUCUACAGGAACAGUUGUAAAGGCGAUUGAUAAUAAAAAGAACCAAUAUGCCUUAAGGAUAAUUAAAAAAAAUAGUAUAACAGACGAUGAAGGCCUCUUGUGUGCAUUGUUAGAUGAAAUCAGAUUAAUGCAAUAAUUAAAACACCCAAAAAUAGUUUAACUAGUAGAAGUAAUAUAAACUGACAAUAAUUAUUAUGUUGUCAUGGAACUUUGUAAAUAAGAUUUAUAGUCCCAUUUGUAAUAAGUUCAUAAAAUGCCUGAAUCUGAAUGCAUUAAGUUAUUGAUAGAUCUACUGGAAGGGUUCACUGAAUUAAUAAACCAUGGAAUAGUUCAUAGAGGAUUAAAGUUGACAAAUAUUAUGUUAACAGAUAAAGGUUAUAAAUUAGCUGAUUGUGGGUUAACAAAGUGUUUGGAGAAUUUCAAAAAGGAAUAAUCACAUAAGGAUGAAGAUUUUAAGUUCCAUUCUCCUUAAGUGUUGUUAAACAGUAAAUACACAAAUAAAUGUGAUAUAUGGUCUAUUGGAAUGAUCUUAUACAAUGCUCUAUAUGGUUAUACUGCAUGGAGCGGUUCAAGGAUAGAACAAUUGUUGCAUAAUAUUGAGCAUAAAUUGUUAGAUUUUCCUGAUGAUUAAACAUCAGUUAGUGACGAUAUGAAAUAGUUUAUAGAGGGUUGUCUUACAAUGGAGGAAGCAGAAAGAAUGAAUUGGGAUGAAGUAUUCAAACAUAGAUUGGUGAAAGAUUAUUUUAAGAAUUAUAAAGCCCAUAUAAAGGAAGAAUAAAUUAAAUUUUUGAUGAAUGAAUUAAGAUAGAAAAUUAUAAAACAAAAUUUGAAUAUUAGUUCUUUAUUCUAAGAAUUCGAUGAAAAUGGAGAUAAAACAUUAUAGUUUUCUGAAUUGGUGCAAUUGUUGCAUACCAUUGAUAAAACUCUAAGUCGUUAAGAUUGUCAAGUGAUAUUUAAGAAAUUGGAUUUGGAUGGAGAUCAAUCUGUAUCCUUGGAGGAAUUUGAAAAAUGGAUAACAGAUAAUAAUACAAAGAUGGCAGUAGUUUCAAAAGUUAAAGGUCGUCAGAAUCAGCGAAAUUCAGUUUCCAAAAAGAUGCCAUCAUUAACAAACAUUCAGAAUAACCCUGGAAAACAGAAAGAUAUGGAUUUUAGAGGCAUUUAAGCUCCAUAUUAACCUACGUUGGGUUAAUCUCAAUCAACACCCUUCAUAAAUUAAAUGCCAAUUCAAACAUAAGUAUUUGAUCCUGAGAGGUUAAUUGAAAAAUUACAAUUGACAAUUCAAAGAUACAAUAUAAAUGUUCAUGAUUUAUUCUAAAAAUUUGAUUGUGACUUUGAUGGUCUUCUCAGUUUUUAGGAGUUUGCAUAAGUGCUGAUAAAAAUCCAAAGAAAUGUAUAACCUUAAGAGUUGCAAGCCGUUUUUAGGAUAUUUGAUUUGAAUGAUGAUAAUUUCAUCUCGUUUAUAGAAUUCAGACAAAUUUUGAACUUAUAUCAGGAGAAGAGCCAAAAACAAGAGAGCAAAUUUUUUAGCAGUGGCUAUUAGAUACCUCAAUACAAUAAUCAAGUGAGUCCAUUUUAGCAGAUGGGCACUAUGCCCUAUCAAACAUACUAAGCAAAAACACCAACAUAUACAGAUCUGCUUUGA